UGAUUGGCCGGGUGGGCUGUGGGCGGGCGGGUUGAGCCUCCGAAAGCGUCUCUCUCAGACUCAGAGCAGCAGAUCGCCUCACAGAGACGGAGAAACGACACUCUUUCUCACAGAUCUCUCCACAUCCCUUCAUCCUCCUCCUCCUCCUCCUCCUCCUCUCCACAGCCAAACUCCUUCCUUUCUGCGACUGGCACUCAGCUCUUGGCCUUCAUCCUUAUCUUCUUCACCAUCAUCCUUCUCAGAGGAAGAAGACAGGAAGCCCCCUGACCCUCACCCUGCCAGGUCGCCAUGGCAACGGUUAUCUGCACUCGCUUCACUGAGGAGUAUCAGCUGUACGAGGAGCUGGGAAAGGGAGCGUUUUCAGUGGUGCGCCGUUGCGUGAAGGUUGUGACGGGUCAGGAGUACGCCGCCAAGAUCAUCAACACCAAGAAGUUGUCUGCCAGAGAUCAUCAGAAGUUGGACCGGGAGGCCCGAAUCUGUCGACUUCUGAAACACCCAAACAUCGUUCGUCUUCACGACAGCAUCUCAGAGGAGGCCCAUCACUACCUGAUCUUUGACCUGGUCACAGGUGGAGAACUGUUUGAAGACAUCGUCGCUAGGGAAUACUACAGUGAAGCUGAUGCCAGCCACUGCAUCCAACAGAUUUUGGAGGCGGUGCUUCACUGUCAUCAGAUGGGCGUGGUUCACCGAGACUUGAAGCCGGAGAAUCUGCUGUUGGCGUCCAAAUCAAAAGGAGCGGCAGUGAAGCUGGCUGACUUCGGCCUCGCCAUUGAAGUAGAGGGGGACCAACAGGCCUGGUUUGGCUUUGCGGGGACUCCUGGUUACUUGUCUCCGGAGGUCCUGAGGAAAGAUCCCUACGGAAAGGCGGUUGACCUCUGGGCCUGCGGUGUGAUUCUCUACAUCCUAUUGGUCGGCUAUCCUCCAUUCUGGGAUGAAGAUCAGCAUCGUCUUUACCAGCAGAUCAAAGCUGGAGCCUAUGAUUUUCCGUCUCCGGAGUGGGACACGGUCACCCCUGAAGCCAAAGACCUGAUCAAUAAGAUGCUGACCAUCAAUCCGGCCAAAAGGAUCACAGCAGCCGAGGCACUCAAGCACCCCUGGAUCUCUCACCGCUCCACAGUUGCAUCCUGCAUGCACCGACAAGAAACGGUUGAAUGCCUGAAAAAGUUCAACGCCAGGAGGAAGCUGAAGGGAGCCAUCUUGACCACCAUGCUGGCAACCAGAAAUUUCUCCGGGGGAAAAAGUGGAAGCAACAAGAAGGCUGAUGGAGUGAAGGAGUCUUCUGAGAGCACUAACACUACAAUUGAAGAUGAAGACACGAGAGUGAAGAAGCAGGACAUCAUCAAAGUGACUGAGCAGCUCAUUGAGGCCAUCAGCAAUGGAGACUUUGAGAGCUACACUAAAAUGUGUGACCCAGCGGUGACUGCGUUUGAGCCCGAAGCGUUGGGGAAUCUGGUUGAAGGCCUGGACUUCCACCGCUUUUACUUUGAAAACUUGUGGUCAAAGAACAGCAAACCGGUGCAUACCACCAUUCUGAACCCCCACAUCCACCUGGUGGGCGAUGAGGCCGCCUGCAUUGCCUACAUCAGGGUGACGCAGUACAUCGACGGCAAUGGCACGCCUCGCACCGCCCAGUCAGAAGAGACCAGGGUGUGGCAUCGCCGGGAUGGCAAGUGGCAGAUUGUCCACUUCCAUCGCUCCGGCUCCGCCUCCACACUCAGCAACUAACUCCAGUCCAAAGUGGGCGGGCCUUUGAUGGGCCGCCGUUGCUUUGGCAACAGGCCAGACAUCUGAUACCAACAAUUAAGGAUUUUGUUUGAGCAGUUGGAGGAGGAGAUGACUGGGCUGGAAAUCAGACUCUUCCUGCUAUGAAACGCAUCACAUCCAAUUAACCAAUUAGCUUUCUCUUCUCAACAAUCACCCUCUACACACAGCCAAUCAGCUCCCUCGCUGUAGUUUAGCUGCAUGACGCAGGAAAUGUUUAUGUUGGAAACCUCGUACAGGACUGGUGCUAUACUGCAGCCCCCCACCCCACACUCCCACGCUCCAAACCUCUACCCUCUCUGUCUCCAGCAUGUUGGGGAGGUCACAUGACUUUAAGGAGAUCAUGUUCUCACAUCUUCACGCUUGACACUGCUCCUCAGUUCACCUCCAACCAUUCCUUCAACAACAUCCUGAUCGAGGUGAUUCCAGGUUUCCUCAUCACCAACUUCUACUCUCUAACAACAACAGCUGUCAUGGAAACAUCUUUGAGACCAGGGGUUGGGCAGCACGAGUCCUUGAGGGUCACUGACCUGCUUGAUAUUCAUUUUUUCCUUUCCCAUUUGCUGCUGAUUACCUGGAUCAGGUGUGUCCAGCCAAUCAGAAGCUGCAAUAUCACAAGUGUUUGUAAAAGAACUAACCAGUAAAGAGCUGCCCACCUCUGGUUUGGACCGUGACCAUCCAGUACUUCCUGAAGAUUUGAUGUUCUUCAGAGGAACAGCCAUAAACAAAGACCUGUUUGACCCCUGAGCCUCAGAUCUCCAGGAUUUCAGGAACCUGAACUCGCUCAUGCUAUGGAUGUUCCUGUUCAAACCAGACUGUGCAUGGCAGAGCUUCAGAGAGCUGAUGAUCAGAGGAAGAGUCUGGAUGCUUGGAAGCGAAAUUACUUGAUGUUUGUUUACAGAACUUUUGGUUGGUUUAGUGAUCUGAAUGUUACAUUUGGGAGAAUCCAAAGCUCCAGAACCAGUGCUUCUGAAAGGGUUCAUACAAAACAUUUAUCUUCUGGAACAUCUGCUCGGAUCUUGAGAUCAUACAGUCUAAAGGUGGAUAAGCAGUCAGUGACACCACCACGACAUCCUCACGCGGGGAAACUCGUCUCUUCCAUCAGAAGCUCCAGAAGCUUCCACCUCUCUCCUGCGUGCGAUCUUCCAUGAACAGUUUCACCUUAGCUGACCCCCUCCCACCACCCCAAGGCGUCAUGACAGCAAAGCCACCUAACGAGCUGAAAUGUUUCUUCUCUAUAACUGAAGGCGGAUAAGAACAUGGCGGCUCCCAGAUCCACUGCUGGCUGUACGGACAGCUCCAGAACCGACAUAAAAACAAACCCCUGCACCUGUGACCGACCCCGUCAUCAAAAAGGGACCAACGCUCACUGAGAAAUCACCCUCUGCAAAUCUCUACCACACGUCAGCAGGACCCUAAACAAACACAAGAAGAAAAGUGAGCUAAAAUACAACACAACGGGGGGAAACACUUGGCUUUAGGAGUCAAUUACCAUCCACACAAAUGUCUUGGGGAGGGGCAAAACCCAAGGAAUCUGUGACGUGAUACAAAUGAAUCCACGACAGCAGACUGUGUCUAGAGGACUGCUCUGUUGUGAAUCUCUGCUGUCAGUGGUUCCCGUGCCUGUAUCAACGAGGAGGAUCCUGCAGCUCUGGAGCCCUGAGCUCUGCGCUCCCUCAUCAACAGACGGGCAAACCUUUUUAUUAUUUUCUUUCUUAGCAGGAGGGCUCCUUCAUAUGGGUAUGGGGGUGUGUGAGCGGGGUGGGAGCUUUAAACGGAUGUUAGCGGCGCGUCCUCAGGCGGCCGUGGUCGGUCUUCAACAGCUAGGCUCUCCUUUGGGUUUUCUCAGAGAGUUUGUUCUUCCUCUUCAGCGCCGUCUUUUGUACAUACCGUAGGAUUUGCUGCAUGCCGACUUUGUGUGUUGUGUUUGGGUUCACGCUCGCCAUACUUUGGGCCUUCGCCACGCUUCUUUAGUUUUUGUUAGCAAUCCCUCUUGGGGACAAUGGGGUGUGUUAGCAACCGGCUAACAAAACAUAGGCUCCACCCCCCUUUGAUAUCUCCCCUGUGUUUGUCUGGGAACCUUUAAUGAGCUUUUUACCGUCUGCAGAAACUUUGUACUCUGAUGAAGAUAUUAGUCUCUAUAUUCUGCGUUUGUACCUUCAGAGCUUUUGAAUGUUGGGCUUCAUGCAGAGUGUGAUUGUAAGCUUUUUACUUCCUGCUGAAUGUGUCUGCUAGUGCUGCCCUCUGCUGGUUUGGACGAGUCUGGAGCCCCCGCUCAGGAGCAGGCUGAUGAGGACGCUCAGACACAGACUAAGUUUGGGCUCCUAUCCCUAGAAGGGCUGCAGCGUGUCUAUAAUCAAGGAAGGUGCCAAAUCCAGCUUCCUGUGGUGGAGCCAGAUGCUUUGAUCCCUUCAGGACCACCAUCCUAAAUACAGGAUUUUCCUGAUUGGGUCAAAUGAAACAUCUCUCAUGAAUAAACAAACCUGAGCCGGGACUCGAACGACACCUCCAGACCAAACGGCUCUUUUUUAAGGUUCUUAGAUUUUUACUGCAGCAACACAGACUUUAUCGACACUUGAAAGUAUUUGUUGGAGGGAUGUUUAGAUGCUCUGCUGCAGAGAUAUCAGAUGUCAGUUUUUUACAAUAUUUUAGUGUUUUGCUUGAAACUAAAGACCUACUGCUAAAGUCAUGUGUUUCAACUGUAAGAAGAAGCUACGGUUUAACAGAACCAGCCCACAGCUUGACGGACAUCCGUGACCUGUUAGCUGGACUAAUGGUUCUGAUGCUGCCCACUCAGAUAGGUGGGACUUCCUGUUUUUAAGCCUCACUUACAGAUCUGAAGUCAGCUCCACAUCAGCAGGAUGGACAGGAGGGCAAGUUGAACUUCAUCUGCAGUGAGAGGAACAGGAGAACAGCAGCUGGUCGGAGGAGCUGAUGGCAUAAACAUACAUCAAACAGCACUUUAUUUCCUCCCAUGAUGCUUUACUUCAAUUAUGUGACCUCUGAAGAUGUUUACAAAAGUAAAAUGAUAUAGACAUAAACCAAAAGAGUUCAGGACUACAGGAA